CAAAGAGCUGUCAAAGGACAUCAGGGACAAGUUUGUAGACCUGCACAAGGCUGGAAUGGGUUAGAAGACCAUCAGCAAGAAGCUUGGUGAGAAAGAGACCAGUGUUGGCGCGAUAAUUCGAAAACCUACCAUAAAAAUCCUAGACUUUAUUCUUUGUAAGCGGGUAAAUUUACAAAAGCAGCAUGGAAUCAAAUAAUUAUUUCCCCCACUGUGUGAGUUAAAGCUCUGACCUCAACAUUUGACUGCACCCCAGGCCUCCUCACCUCACCUACAUCAGUGUCUGACUUUAUGAGCACAUAUUUUCAUAAGCCAAACACUCCAAAAUCUAGUGGAACAUCUUCCCAGAAGAAUGGAAGUUAAUAAACAGCCAGGUUUGUGUUCGCCUGUAACAUGAGCAAAAGCAGAUGUUUAGCAGAACAGAACAUGUGAGCCAACGAACUGACUGGGAUCCUGCCUCAGGUGAUGAGACAGUUGCAGUGUAGAUGAUUCACAGAAUCAACAUGAGAACUUGUUCGAUUGUCGCGAUGUGGGCGUGAUUUCUUUUCUACUCCCAAAUGAAUCACUUGUCGCUGAGUGAGCUGUGCUGCCUGUUCUGCUGCCCGCCGUGCCCGAGCAGGAUCGCGUCGAAGCUGGCAUUCCUGCCCCCAGAGCCGACGUACACGCUGCUGAGCGACGAGAGCGGCACGCGCUGGACGCUGCACCUGUCCGAGCGCGCCGACUGGCAAUACUCCGCACGCGAGAAGGACUCGAUCGAGUGUUUCAUGACGCGUACGGUGCGCGGCAACCGCAUCGCCUGCAUGUUCGUGCGCUGCUCGCCGAGCGCUCGCUACACGCUGCUGUUCUCGCACGGCAACGCCGUCGACCUCGGCCAGAUGAGCAGCUUCUACGUAGGCCUCGGCUCGCGCAUCAACUGCAACGUCUUCUCCUACGACUACUCCGGCUACGGAGCCAGCUCAGGGAAACCGUCCGAGAAGAACCUGUACGCCGACGUCGAAGCAGCGUGGCACGCCCUCCGAACCAGGUACGGUAUAAGGCCUGAGAACGUGAUCGUGUACGGACAGAGUAUUGGGACGGUGCCGUCCGUGGAUCUGGCGGCCCGGUACGAGAGCGCCGCCGUCAUCCUUCACUCGCCGCUCACCUCGGGUAUGCGGGUCGCCUUCCCGGAUACCAAGAAGACCUACUGCUUCGAUGCCUUCCCAAACAUCGACAAGAUUUCAAAGGUGACGUCACCGGUGCUGGUGAUCCACGGCACUGAGGAUGAAGUGAUCGACUUCUCGCAUGGCCUGGCCCUGUACGAACGCUGUCAGAAGCCAGUGGAGCCGCUGUGGGUGGACGGUGCAGGACACAAUGACGUCGAGCUCUACGGCCAGUACCUCGAGAGACUUAAGCGGUUCGUCAGCCACGAGCUCGUAAACUUGUAGGACCGAAUGGACAGAAAAACACACACACACACACACACACAGCUCCCGACUGCACCAACACUGACAACUCCACAGCAGCCUUUUUUUUUUUUUCUUUUUUCUCUUCCUCCUCUCCAUUAUAGACAUAUAGAGGAGUGACCCAAACUGCCUUUUCAAGUGUGUGAGAGAGACAAAGAGACAGGGGACGGGUCCAUCCCAGUGAGGGUAACCAUCUGUACAAGAGCUGUGUGUGUGUGUGUGUGUGUGUGUGUGUGUGUGUGUGUGUGUGUGUGUGUGUGUGUGUGUGUGUGUGUGUGUGUGUGUGUGUGUGCGCUGAUAAUCAUAUUUCCAGUGAUGUCUAACACAAGAUCGCUACAUCAAACAGAACAUUAUUUCUACCUCUGUUUUUUUAGUUGGGAUGGGGGGUUCCUGAUGGGGGGGGGGAAAUAUCCCAUAAUUUCAUUCUGCACACAAUUUGGAGAAAACAGGUUGAUAAAACAGUGACACUGAUACAAGCUACUUUUUCUUUUUUUCCUUUUUUUUUUUUUUCUUUUUUUCUUUUUUAAUGCAAUAUCAUGUCAGUGUCAUAUACUGUGAUGAAACUUGGUCCUGGUGCUGGCGUACACACUGUCCUGCACAAGUUAGUGUUCCUAACAUGCAUCAGCUGAUUAAUAGCGUUUCCUGAUUUGUGUGUAAGUGUAUGUGAGAGCAGGGAGUGUGUGUGUGUGUGUGUGUGUGUGUGUGUGUGUGUAUAUUUAUAUAUAUGUGUGUAUAUGAAGCAAUUUGCAUCAGAAAUCCCCCAUGUCUUUAAUACUGUAUUUUCAUUUGUGUGUAAAACUCGCUGUGUAAUAUAGCUUGUGUGUGUGUGUGUAUGUCUGCAGAAGUAUUGCGAAAAAAAACUAAAUGCACUCUCAGGUCGACUUUUUGAACCAUGAAAAAGCUGCAUGAUUUGGUCGACGUUUCGAAAUUUGAGCCGCACUGACUUGCAAAACAGUGACGUUUCAAAACUGUGAACUUCGCACGCCGAACGCUACUCUGUUUUAACGUUUCAGUUUAGUGAAUGCUGCUUGUUUGGUGAAAUGUUUCGGAUCAGUGAACACUGCACAUUUAGGGUGAGAUCAGUGUAACGUUUUGGACCGGUGAACGCUGCACAGUGUAACGUUUUGGACCGGUGAACUCUGCACAGUGUAACGUUUUGGACCGGUGAACUCUGCACAGUGUAACGUUUUGGACCGGUGAACGCUGCACACUGUAACGUUUUGGACCGGUGAACGCUGCACACUGUAACGUUUUGGACCGGUGAACGCUGCACAUUCUCUGUAGGGUUUCGGAUCGGGAACAGUGGACAUUCAGUGUAAAGUUCUGAAUCAGUGAACGCAACACAUCUGUAACAUUUCAGAUCAAAUCUCAUUAACGUGAGCAGAUAAACGAGGCGUAGAAAGAGCAAGCCGAAGACUCUUUCACCUGCUUUAACCUGAUAACGAUGGCUUCAUUAUGAUCCCGUUGUUUGGUGCGUUUCAUCAGUUUAAAUGUGGUUCAAGAGUAUUAGAGGCUUUAUUUUAUCGAGACGCACCACACUGUCCGAUUAAAACUCUUCGCCGUUCGCAUCGAGGGUGCUGGAAUUCCGAACACUCUGAACAUGUUCUUAUGUAGCUACACCCCUCUGGCUGAUCCCAUUUUGAAGAUCUCUAGAUGAAAUACUGAACACGCUGACGACUGUUUGUACAUAGCUUUGGUGUGUAUGCUUUUCUUUUUUUAAGUCUUAAAAAAUUGUAACAGAAUAAAUUGACUAAUAUUAAUAGAACUUGAAAUGAUUCGUGUUAAUAAUAAUUACAGUGCAGUGAUUUUGUUCCAGGUGGACUCGAUUAUUAUUUUUGAAUUUGAAGACACCUUUCAGUUUUGGACGCAACGUGUCCCGUAGGUGCUGACGCUCUUUACGAUAGUUCUAAUAAAAGAUUUAAAAAAAUGGAUGAAGGAUGAAAUUUAAA